CUAUACACCGGGCGAAUGCACUGGGCUUUUUGCGAAGGAAACAAUUUUCGGUCAGGAAAACCGACCCACGCCGUUUGUUUGUCGUGUCUAAAAGCGGGCAGGAAGGCGGGUGGAGACAUUUUAGGGGGACUUUCUUUCAUGAAGAAGGCUUUCUCACAAAAUGGAAGAAGAAAUAUUGCCGUCGUUGUUGACCUCUUUUCCUUCAGCGAGACGAGAGUGUGCGCCAUUGCUAUUUGAACGGAUAUCUAAGUGACAAUGGGGAAGGAUCCAACAAAACCAAGAGGCAAAAUGUCCUCUUAUGCAUACUUUGUCCAGACCUGCAGAGAGGAACAUAAGAAGAAGCACCCUGAGGCGACGGUCAACUUCUCUGAGUUUUCCAAAAAGUGCUCUGAGCGAUGGAAGACUAUGUCAGCCAAGGAAAAAGGCAAGUUUGAAGAUAUGGCUAAACUCGACAAGGCGCGUUACGAGAGGGAGAUGAAGAACUACAUUCCACCCAAAGGCGAGAAGAAGAAGAGGUUUAAGGACCCCAAUGCUCCCAAGAGACCCCCGUCUGCAUUCUUCGUUUUCUGUGCGGAGUUCCGACCUAAGGUGAAAGAAGAGACCCCAGGUCUGUCUAUCGGAGAUGUGGCAAAGAGACUUGGUGAGAAGUGGAACAAAAUAUCAGCCGAGGAGAAGCAGCCAUAUGAGAAGAAGGCAGCCAAGCUGAAGGAGAAGUACGAGAAGGACAUUGCUGCAUAUCGCUGUAAAGGUAAAGUGGUAAGCGUUGCAGCCAAAGCCCCUGCCAAGCCGGACAAGGUUAAUGACGAUGAUGAUGAAGAUGAUGAUGAUGAGGAUGAUGACGAUGAAGAAGAAGAGGAGGAUGACGAGUAGAUAAAUUGCGUUUAGAGCUUAGCUUGUUGUCUAUAAAGCAUUUAACCCCCUGUACUCUUUAUGGAGACCAUAAAAUAGGUAAAUGAAAUUAAAAAAAAAUUGAAAAGAAAUAAGGCUGUGUAUAUGAUAUGUUUUUAAGCUGUACAGUUUCUUUGUUUGUUUUUUCUUUCCUUUUUUGUAUAGUUAUCACUACAAAAUUGUCAUUGUGUUUGUCCAAAUGCCCAAACCCUUAAUUUUGUUUUUAGUUUAAUUUCUUAAAAAUGGUUCCAACACCAAUAUCCUUGCCUGGUACAAUAAAAAAAAAGGGGGUUGUAAAACUUGGGGUCAAAUGGAGUUCUAGAAGUGCGGAGCACACAACCUAGUUUCAUGUGAGGUUGUAGUUCAUAUCUUCAUGUAAUUUUUUUGUUUAUUGUUUUUAGUUUUUUUUUCCAGAUCAAACGUUAUCAUCAUUAGUAAAUCGCUGUAUCAAAGUUAUUUACUGUAUUUUGAAUACCACUGUAAUUGCAGAAAUUGUAAAAAAAAAAAAAACUUGUUUUGUUCACAUUCUGGUAAGCUUCUGACAUCAAUAAACUUCUUUUUUUUUUUAAUA